CUCUGGGCGGGACUUCCGGCAUCUUCCUCGCGGCAGACAUAUUGUCGGCUCUCCAGUGGGAUCAUCUGAGCAAAAGCUCGGGGUUGCUGGACGGUUCCGGGGUGACGGAAGCGGGAGGGUGCGGGAAGAGACGCUGUUCGUCCUGCAAAGUGGCUCGCCAGCGGAGACCCCCGCCUCCGCCCCCGGGGUCGCACCAUCGGGGUGCCAGGGUUCCGCGACUUGGGUGUACAUCGCGGCUUGGUGCGGUCUAUGAACUGUGAUGGCGACGGCCGCGGUGUUGGGCCUGGCGCAGUUUCGAUGUUGUUACCCAGACUGGAGUGCAAUGGCAUAAUCUCGGCUCACCGCACCCUCCGCCUCCUGGGUUCAAGCAAUUCUCCUGCCUCAGCCUCCUGAGUAGCUGGGACUACAGGUGUGCACCACCAUGCCCAGCUAAUUUUUGUAUUUUUAGUAGAGACGGGGUUUCACCAUGUUGACCAGGAUGGUCUCAAUCUCUUGACCUCGUGAUCCACCUGCCUCAGCCUCCCAAAGUGCUGGGAUUACAGGCGUGAGCCACUGCGCCCAGCCAAUGAUGAACAUCUCUGAUGAAGGAUCAUGCAGCUCCCCUUCAGAGGAAUAUGUAUCAGAUCCUCUGUGGUUGCUGAACUGUAACAAGAGAGAGAACUCCGAGUACCUAACUCAAGAGGGCAUGACUCUAGUCACAGCAGGAGGGGCUUGGGCAGGCCCUGGUUGUUGGCACGGAGUGAAGGAUGAAGAGGCGUCUUCUGAACACAACAUUUCUGUAGCAGUGUCACAUGUUAAUACAUCCAAGGCAGAUUCGCCCACACAGACAGCUCACUGUUGUGAUAUAUGUGGCCCCAUCUUGAAAGAUAUUUUGCACCUGGAUGAACACCAGGGUACACACCAUGGACUGAAACUUCACACAUGCGAGGCAUGUGAGAGACAAUUCUGGGUCAGUGCAAACCUUCAUCAGCACCCAAAGUGUUACAGUAUAGAGAAACCAUUAAGAAGGGAUGAAGGUGAGGCCUCAUUUUUGAAGAACUGCACAGUUAGCAAAGAACCUCACCCAUCAGAAAAGCCCUUUGCCUGUAAGGAGGAGCAGAAAAACUUCCAGGCUAGUUUGGGUGCUUGCCAACAAAAGGCUACCCGAAGCAAAAGGAAGACACACAAGAGCACUGAGAAUAAGGAUGCAUUUCAUGGUGAACAAACGCAUUACAAGUGCAGUGAAUGUGGGAAGGCUUUCAGCCGCAAAGACACACUGGUCCAGCACCAGAGAAUCCAUAGUGGAGAGAAGCCUUAUGAGUGCAGUGAAUGUGGCAAAUCCUUCAGCCGUAAAGCUACACUUGUCCAGCACCAGAGAAUCCAUACUGGAGAAAGACCUUACGAGUGCAGUGAAUGUGGAAAAACCUUCAGUCGAAAAGACAACCUUACUCAGCACAAGAGAAUCCACACUGGAGAAAUGCCUUAUAAGUGCAAUGAAUGUGGGAAAUAUUUUAGCCAUCACUCCAAUCUAAUUGUACACCAGAGAGUUCACAAUGGAGCAAGGCCUUAUAAGUGUAGUGAUUGUGGGAAAGUCUUUAGACACAAAUCUACGCUUGUUCAGCAUGAGAGUAUUCACACUGGAGAAAAUCCUUAUGAUUGCAGUGAUUGUGGGAAAUCCUUUGGCCACAAAUACACCCUCAUUAAACAUCAGCGAAUUCACACUGAGUCAAAGCCUUUUGAAUGCAUUGAAUGUGGGAAAUUCUUUAGUCGAAGUUCUGACUUUAUUGCACACCAGAGGGUUCACACUGGUGAAAGGCCUUUUGUAUGCAGUAAAUGUGGGAAAGACUUUAUCAGAACCUCCCACCUUGUUCGGCACCAAAGAGUUCACACUGGAGAAAGGCCAUAUGAGUGCAGUGAAUGUGGGAAGGCCUACAGCUUAAGCUCCCACCUUAAUCGGCACCAGAAAGUUCACACAGCAGGCAGGCUCUAGGAGUGCUUUGAAUACAGCAGAACUCAUCAGUCAGAUGUUGACCUUCAUAUAUCUAAACAUUGACUCAAGGGAGAUACCUUAUGGUGCCAGGUAUGUAGGAAGCUUCUAGGGAUAUGUUGCACUUUCUGACCUGCUCAGGUUUUUUGCCGUAAUUAACGUCACUGUCAAUGCCUGUGGCCAAAACCAUCUUAACUCUACCAGCUUCGAUACCGCAGCAUUGGGUAAGGCAGGGUUUUAUAUUCUCUGGUCCCUGGAGAAAAUCAUGAAAUGCCUGAGUUCAUUGGGAGUCCUCACUCACUUCUGUGUGACAGGUAGAGAUAGGGACGUGAUCCAUCUUUAGCCAAGAAGGUCUGAGCUGUAUCUGCUCGUGGCCUAUGCAAAAGGUUUACUUUCUUCAUGGAUAAUCUUGGUCUCAGGUACUUGUAAUGAAUUUUUCCAGCCUCCAAGUCACCUGGCCUGGGAAAGUACUUGCCUCAUGUUGCUCUGGUUUGUGAUAAUAAAGGCCUUACAGUUUAAGCCACCUUUAAUGUUGGGGGUUCUUUUCACUGGAUUGGAUUGAGAACAUGCCCUGCCAAACAGAAGACAGCCUUUGUGGAGGCCUCCAACUUUGUGUGCCUCAAAUGGGACAGUGGGUUGAGGGAGAACAGUUCUUAGUCCAGUUUCGGACUGGACUAACUUAACUUCCAUAGCUGACUAAGCUUGUUAAGUAAGGAUUCAGAUCUUUGUAGGCCUGAUUUGUCUGGAUUUUAGAGUUACUUGAGAGCCCAUAUGUCACCUAGAGGAGGGUGUCGCUGCUCUGACAGCCUGCAGUGUUUUGAAACAGCAUGGAUUGGGCGUCUUGUUUCCCCCAUAUGUCCCAUGUUCCCCAACACUGUUGAGGUAAACCUGUUCCUCAGGACCUGCUGAGUGGCCAUGUUUUCUGAAAACCAGAAUCUGGUACACAGGCCACUUGGUAAGAUCUAAAGCAUGCAGUAUGGAAACAGAAUUGAUAAAUAUUUGGUGUGAAUGAUUGGGACUGGGUGAUUUGUGGCAAACUAGAGGAGAAGUGCCCAUUAUAUGGCACAGUAGCUCAUGCCUGCGAUCCCAGUACUUUGGGAGGCCAAGGCGGGUGGAUCACGAGGUCAGGAGUUUGAGAACAGCCUGGCCAAAAUGGUGAAACCCCAUCUCUACUAAAAAAUACAAAACUCAGCUGGGCGUGGUAGUGUACACCUGUAGUCACAGCUACUUGAGAGGCUGAGGCAGGAAAAUCGCUGGAACCGGGGAGGUGGAGGUUGCAUUGAGCCGAGAUCAGCCACUGUACUCCAGCCUGGAGGACAGGAGAGACUCCAUCUCCCCCCACCAAAAAAAAUCCAGACAGUCCAGGCACUUCGGCUGAAUGGGAUCAGGGUAUCUAAAAAUCUCAGGAUCUCCAGGGCCAUGUUGUCAUGGCCAGGGUCACUGGUGCAGCAACAAAUGUAGUUUUCCUAGAUUCCUGUACUUCCUCGGGCUCUCUACCUAAUGUCUUUGCUGCACAUUCAGUAAUGCUGGGAAUAAAGUGUGGGGGUCCAAGGGGGUAGCUUUUGUGACCAGCUAGAGAUUCUGGUGACUCUGUUGGCAGUGAUCCUCAUUGUUUGUCAGUUUUUCUCAUUACUGAGGAAGAAAUUGUCUUCCCAAGGCAUUUGGAGUGAUAAGAGUCACCGUAGUGAGGUAGAGUCACUCAGUGAUGUCCGGUUGUCCAGUUUUCAAUAAAACUGGGAGACCCAGAUUUUUUUUUUUUUUUUUUUGAGACGGAGUUUCGCUCGUUACCCAGGCUGGAGUGCAGUGGCACGAUCUCGGCUCACCGCAGCCUCCGCCUCCUGGGUUCAGGCAAUUCUCCUGCCUCAGCCUCCUGAGUAGCUGGGAUUACAGGCAUGCGCCACCAUGCCCAGCUAAUUUUUUGUAGAAAUGGGGUUUCACCAUGUUGACCAGGAUGGUCUUGAUCUGUUGACCUUGUGAUCCACCCGCCUCGGCCUCCCAGUUUUUUUUUUUUUUUGAGAUGGAGUCUCGCUCUGUCACCAGGCUGGAGUGCAAUGGCACCAUCUCAGCUCACUGCAACCUCUGCCUCCCAGGUUCAAGUGAUUCUACUGCCUCUGCCUCCCUAGUAGCUGGGACUUCAGGUACACACCACCAUGCCCAGCUAAUCUUUGUAUUUUUUAGUAGAGAUGGGGUUUCACCAUGUUGGCCAGGAUGGUCUCGAUCUCUUGACCUCGUCAUCCGCCUACGUCAGCCUCCCAAAGUGCUGGGAUUACAGGCGUGAGCCACCACGCCCGGCCGGGAGACCCAGAUUUUAUAAUGGAAUAACUUUGUAUAGGUUCAUUCAGGUGUAAUCAACAUGCAGUAUACUGCACCUAUUUAAGGUGUACCAGUAAGUUGUAAUGCACACACACACACACACACACACACACACACACACACUUGGAACUAUCACACCGUAUCAAUGGUAUUGGACGUACCUGUCACCCCUGAAGUUAGCCUCAAGCCCUUACUUAACCUUUCUCUCAGUGCUCUCCUUCCCUGCAAAUCCCUAGGGGACCACUGAGUAGUUUUCACUAUAGGUAAAUUUGUCUUUCCUAGAAUUUUGUGUAAGUCUAUAAAGUUAAUUUUAUCUCCCGUCUUUGAUGCAACAUAAUUUGAAAUUUGCCCAUGGUAUGAAUAGCCCAUUUUAAAAUUACUCAUAUUCAGUAUGGAUAUACCACAGUUUAUCCAUUUAUCUUAAUUGCUGUCUGCACUGCAACCUCCAUUUUUUUUUACAGCCUGUUAGACUGAGCAACCUCCAUUUUUAAUAUUAAAAUAUUAAAAAGCUGCUACAAAUAAUUGAUGCAUGAGUAUAUGGACAUUUAGCUGAGAACAUUUUUAAGCAGAAGUUUUGAAAGUGUGCCAUGUUUUUUACUGAUACGUAGGGAAGAACUGCAAAAGAAAAGACCCAAGAUUUGAUGAUUUAGGAAAUGCUCAGCCCAUGUUAAUUGAAAUUAAGAGAUUUGUUGUCAGGAAAGAAUGUUUUAGAGAGAUAGCCAGGAGUGUUUGCUAUUAUCAAGAUCAAAACAUAAAAAGUAAGAACAUUGUCACACAGAAAGCUCUUUGAAAAGAUUAAAUGUGGCCUGCAGAUCUCCUCAGUACGAGCAGAGAGCUUGUAAGAAGUUUAAACUAGCAGUCAUAUCAGCAAAAGCCUAAAAUAGAUAGGGGAUUCCCUAGGGAACAUAAUCUUCGUAAACCUCUUUUCUAAUGGUGUGAAUUUCAGUGACAUACAGGAGACUCACAAAGUUCUUGAAAAUUUUAUACCAGUGAGAAUGCUCACCUUGGGUCUAAAGGAACCUUGUCAGUGUGAAGUUAACGGGUGUAAUAUUCUAUACAUGGGACUGGCUGAGCAAACAGGUGCAAGCCCUUGCUGUCUUUCAUGAGAAAGGAUGGAUGACUCAGAGCAGAGGAGAAUCCGGUGGGCAGAGCCCUGAACCACCUGAUAUCUCAUGUUUUGACUCCCAGUGGCAUUUGCCAAACUAUAUUUCAAAAUUUCUUGGGACUGGCAAUCCCAUUUUCUUGUUUUCCCACUUUCAUUUCCUCCUGCUUUGAAGCAAUGCCUAUGUAUAUAUAACUGUAUCCUGGGUCUUUCCUACCCUUUCGUUUGGGAGCAGAUAACUAGUUUUCUAGUUUUAUGGAUCUAAAUGAGACAGGAAUAGCACUGGGUGGUCACAGGAGGAUUGAAAGUCUCAACCACCCCCCUGGUUUUGGUGCAGGUGAAAAAAAGUAAAAAAAAAGAAAAACCCAAACAACAGCUAAAACGGAAACUAGGUGAAGAAAACACAGGGUAACAGAAAACCAAAAAUAAAAUAUAAAACAGCCAGAACCCCAGUCAGGGUGAUGUGUCCAUGACUUCAGGGCAAACCCAAAUAAGGGAAGGGGGUGGUAAUUGGUGGUCCUUGAAAUCCCCUCCCUUUUCAGAAUACUGAAUGAUUAUCCCUCGAUUAAAGGAACACCCAUACAAUUAGAAAUCCAAACUCCGUUGUGCAUGACUCGCUCUCGGGGCCUGCCCUCACUUCUGUGUGUGUACUUCUGCUUUGCAAUAAAAAGCUGCUUGCCUUUGCUUCA